GCGCCCGGGGGGCCGCGGCGGCCGCGAGGUGGGGGCGGCCGCGGGAGGCGGCGGGGCCGGCAGCCGGCGCAGGGUCCGGGCGCGCGGCGCGGCGGGCGUAGGUCUAUGUCGCGGGCGGCGGCGGCGGCGGCGGCCGCGGAGGGACGAUGCGCGAGUACAAAGUGGUGGUGCUGGGCUCGGGCGGGGUCGGCAAAUCCGCCCUGACCGUGCAGUUCGUGACCGGCACCUUCAUCCAGAAAUACGACCCCACCAUCGAGGACUUCUACCGCAAGGAGAUCGAGGUGGACUCGUCGCCGUCGGUGCUGGAGAUCCUGGACACGGCGGGCACCGAGCAGUUCGCGUCCAUGCGGGACCUGUACAUCAAGAACGGCCAGGGCUUCAUCCUCGUCUACAGCCUCGUCAACCAGCAGAGCUUCCAGGACAUCAAGCCCAUGCGGGACCAGAUCAUCCGAGUGAAGAGUUUGAGUGCUUUGUUUCACAACUCAAAUUUGGCAUUCUGUGAACCCACAGCACAGCUCUUUGUCUCCUGGAUGUUACUAGUAGCGCUUGUGCAGAACCCCAAAGGAAACAAAGUUUAA